CUAAACCUCGUUGACGUGUGUCAGUGAAAAUUUCCGCCAGUAUGGAAUUCUGCAAGAGUCCAUAUUAAGCGAAGACGUCCCUUGGCUUUAAAGCUUUUCCAAGAUGGAUUGCGAGAAUUCGGGAGGCGGCCACACGGCCGUCCUCAAAACCUCGGACUUUUACCGUACUUGCGAACUACCGAAAAGAUUUGAAUAUCCUUCUUGGUUUUAUGGAUAUGGGAUUCAGCGGAGACCGCCAGAACAUCCUUUUUAUAGGACCACUUCGAGCGAUUACGGGAGAUACCCGCCAACCAUACACACAGUACCCACGUCUUUUUUUCCGAAUAAUCAACAAUUCAGUAAAGCGCUUGCCAAGACGGGAAUGUAUAGGAAUUACUCCCUCAAUACGGGCCUGGACCACACGCUAUAUUAAAAUACCUUUCGAGAGACAAAGUACAAAUUUUAAUUGGAAUUUAAGUGCAAUCAAAACGACUGGCUGGUAUUUUUAAGUUUGUAAUGCGCAAAUUGAGCUUCGAUUCAAACUGCCAAUUGGUUUUUGUUGUGGGAAAAGUAAUUUGAGCUUUUAUAUCAAAGUUUAAUCAUGUUAUUGUUAAAUUGUGCGCGGGAAUUUAUUUAUUCACACAAUUGACACGUUAUUUAAAUUUUCUAUAAAAUAUUUGCAAUUUUUUAUCCAUUUUCGGAACAAAAUAAAUUUUUAUACAAGGGUU